AUGCGGCAAAAUUACCAGCCCCAUCCCGAGCCUCCUCCGUCGCCGUCUCUCUCCCCUUCGCUCGGCCCUUCCCUGUCGCACAUACGAUCGUCAUCCCUGUCGCCAUCGCUAUCGCCUGCGCUUUCGUCGCGUUCGACGCCGCCGCCGUUCUAUCGCACGCGUCUGUCAGAGCCAGCUCCGACGGCACGUCAGCAGCAGCCCGACCUGAUGUGGCAUGACGUCAUGGCAGAGCUGGUACGCCGCGGGCAGCUGACGACAGCCGUUGAUGUGUUGGAACAGGCCGUCGCUGACGGGACACAGUUCGAGCCGCUCUCACCGCUCUCUCUAUCCGAACGACCGAGCUCCACCGCCACGUCAGCAGAUCCUCCCACCACGGUCGCUGUGCGCAGUCUGUUCGCCGCGCUUCAGAAGGCGGGCGGCCCGGCAGAGCAGGACAAUUGGCAGCGCGAGGGGCGGCACCUCUUGGGGCUCGCGUCUCGCGCAUUGGACGCAGUCGCGGCUGCCGGUUGGAGGGAUCCUUUGCCGUUCACGUGUCUGAUCACCAUGCUCCAGCGCGCGUGCCGCUCGCACGAGCUGCUCUCAUUGGUUGAGCGCAUGCGCGCACUCGACGUGCCCUUGGACGCGUACACGCUCACCACCGCACUCGGCGCCGCCAUGCGCGUUGCUGACGUGGUCGCCGCUGAGGCCAUCUGGGCCGAAAUGACCGCCGCGAGUCACGCUGCUGGUGCUGCUGCAAGUGCAGCCGCCGACGCCGCCCCCUCUGCCGUCGCCUUCACGAUGAUGAUGUCACUGUACGGCCGCGCCGGCCGUCUUGACGACGCGCUGCGGAUGUUCCGCGAAAUGAAGGCCGCGGGAGUCGCGCCGGACGGCAAGGCUUACUCCACCUUAAUCGGCUCCCUCGCGCGCGCGUUAAGAGCUGAUGACGUGGAGGAACUAGUCCGCGAGAUGACGGAGGGGACGUCCGCCUCUCCCGCCGCCAGCGGCGCCGCCGGAUCCGGCGCGUCUCCCUCGCAGCGCGUGCCCCCUUCGGUGUACACGAGCCUAGUCAGCAUGUACGGGCGGCUGGGCCGUCUGGAUGACAUGGCGCGCGUGCUGCGCGACAUGCGCGCGCGCAAGGCGCAAGCGGAGCAGAGCCUGUUCGUGGAGGCGUGCAAGCGGCAGAGGAACUUCCAGGAGGCGGCGCGGGUGUACGAGCGCAUGCGGGCGGCGGGCGUGAAGCCGCAGCAGCAGACGCUGAGCCUGGCGAUGGAGGUGAUGGGCGAGCUCGGCAACGUGCAGGGCGCUGAGCGCGCUCUGGAGGAGGCGGAGGCAGCUGGGACUCCCGUGGAUAUUGUGUGUUUCAACACGCUGCUGAACGUGUACGCCAAGGCGGGGCAGUCUAGCAGAGCCCAGGCAGUGUUCACGCGCAUGCAGGCAGCAGGGGUGACGCCCAACACGCGCUCACACACAGUGCUGCUCAAAGCCCUCUCCAAGGAUGGCCGGGGCAAGGAGGCCGUUGCUGCCUUCCGAGCCAUGGAGCGAGGGGGCUGCCAUCUCGAUGAGAUCGCCUACAACACAGUGAUCAACGCCUGUGGCAACGACCUCCCAGUGGACGAGACCCUCCGCCUGCUGCGCGCCAUGCGGCGCAGCGGCUACCGCCCCAACCUUGUCACGCGCAACCUCGUCCUCUCCCUUUUGGUCAAGGCUGGCCGCACGGCCGACGCCAGUGAACUGUUUGAGGAGGCGAGGGCAGCGGGCGAGGAGGACGCGUUCAUGUACUGCACUAUGGCGCAUGCGUUUGGGCGGCGGAGGGAGUUAGAUCGCAUGGAGGGCGUGCUGGGGGACGCUGCGGCGAGACGGAUGGUGUCGCUGCCGCUGCUCAAUGCUUGCAUGGACGCGUAUGGCAAGGCGGGGCUGCUGGCGAAUAUGGAGACGUGCCUGGCGCGCAUCCGCUCCUUUGACUUUGUGCCCAACCACACGAGUUUCAACAUAGUGAUCCAUGCCUACGGCAUGGCGGGAAUGAUCCCGGAAAUGGAGGACGCACUAGCGCGCAUGCGCCGCAGUGGCCUCCGCCCCGACGUGUACUCGUACAACAUCCUCAUCGGCGCCUAUGGGGAUGCGGGCAUGCCAUGGGCGUCAGUGAGCAUGGUGCAGCACAUGCAUGCCGAGGGGCUGCUGCCGGACCAAGUCACGUACCAGAAUUUGGUGUCAGCGUUUGAGAGAGCCGGUGACUUCUUGGAAGCUGCAAGAUGGUCGCUGUGGAUGAAGCAGGCCGGAUUCUCCCCCUCUGGUAAGUCCUGUCCUCACACCUUCACUCUCUCAUUCCCUCUGUAG